GUGGGAAAGAUUGUUUUUGAGGAGAAAUCCUCCAUUUUGCUGAGCCACACCACCCAAGCACACAAUGGCUGACGGCUACGACCCCCAAAAGUCUCGCGUCGCAGAGGACACGCUGGCUGACUUCCUGCGCGCGCCGCUCACCGGCGACCUGACGGAGGUGCCUGGUAUCGGCAAGGCGGCAGUCGCGAAGCUCAGCGAGGCAGAGGACGGCGAGGAUGCCGUGACCAACACGUUCCAGCUUAUCGGAAAAUUUCUCAUGCUCAAGGCUAACUCAGACGACAACGACGACGGUGUGAUCGACUGCGCGGCCCACUGCGACGCCUUUUGGUUCUGGCUCAAGUCCAAGGGCAUCACGGCGUAUCGAAGCGGUAUUGUGAUGGCCAUCGCUGAGAAGGUGAACACGAUGCUGCCAGGUAUUUAUGACGCAGCAGAGUUCCAAUAGAACAGCAUCAAGAAGAGAGAGACUAGCGAGCACACAGUAGGUUCGAAGACAUGAUAUACGAGUAGGAGGAGAUCCAGCGUUGCUGGCAAUGAAUGAAAGUGACCAGUUCAUCUCGAAACGGCGAUUCAUCCAUUAGAUAGAGCGCCAUAUCUUCAUGCAUUGGCGUUGUGGUUGUAUGUGGGAUGAUAAGGACAAAAGUUUGACAUUUGCA